GCGGGAAGCGCGCGCGCGGGCGGCGGCGGCAGCAGGAUGGGCGGCCUGGGGCCCCUCGGCGGCGACCCCGCGGACCCUCCCCUCGGCGCGCCGCCUCCGCAGCCGGGCGCUCGAGCGGGCGGCGUGUAGGUAGGCGAGCGGGCGCCAGCCGAGGAGCCGACGGCUUCACCCCACCCCUGGCCACUCCGCAGCUCGAGCCGCCGCCCCGGGGCGCUUCCGAGGCCCCGCAGGAGGGACCAUGAAAGUGAGGUCGGCCACUGGCGAUGGAGAUGCGUUGUGUGUUACAGAAGAGGAGCUGGCUGGUGACGAUGAGGACAUGCCGACCUUCCCAUGCACACAAGAAGGCCGGCCGGGGCCCCGCUGCAGCCGCUGCCAGAAGAACCUGUCUUUGCACACAUCGGUGCGAAUUCUUUACCUCUUCCUGGCCCUGCUCCUGGUGGCCGUGGCCGUGCUGGCCUCUCUAGUUUUCAGGAAAGUGGACUCUCUCUCAGAAGACAUCUCCCUGGCCCGGGCCAUUUAUGACAAGAAACUUUUGUCUAUGCAGGAAAACCUCCAAGGACUGGAUCUAAAAGCCCCAAACAACUGUUCUUUCUGCCACGAGGCUGGGCAGCUGGAGCAAGAAAUCAGAAAACUGCAGGAGGAGCUGGAGGGAAUUCAGAAGAUGCUCCUGGCCCAGGAGGUACAGCUGGACCAGACCUCUCAGACCCACGAGCUGCUCUCCACCACCAGCAGUCAGAUCUCCCAGGAGAUGGGCAGCUGUUCCUUUUCCAUCCACCAGGUCAACCAGUCUCUGGGGCUCUUUCUUGCCCAGGUGAGAGGCUGGCAGGCCACCACGGCCGGCCUGGACCUCUCUCUGAAGGACCUCACCCAGGACUGCUAUGACGUCAAGGCUACAGUCCACCAGAUCAACUUCACUGUGGGGCAGACCUCGGAGUGGAUCCACGGGAUCCAGCGCAAAACUGAUGAGGAGACCCUGACCCUCCAGAAGAUGGUCACCGACUGGCAGAACUACACCCGGCUCUUCAGUGGCCUGCGCACCAUCUCAGCCAAGACCGGAGAAGCGGUCAAGAACAUCCAGGCCACCCUGGGGGUCUCCUCGCAGCGCAUCAGCCAGAAUGCUGAGAGCGCGCACGACUUGGUGCUGCAGGUCAUGGGCCUGCAGCUGCAGCUGGAUAACAUCUCGUCCUUCCUGGACGACCACGAGGAGAACAUGCACGAUCUGCAGUACCACACCCGCUAUGCCCAGAACCGCACUGUGGAGAGGUUCGAGACGCUGGAAGGACGCAUGGCUUCACAUGAGAUUGAGAUCAGCACCAUCUUCACCAACAUCAAUGCCACCGACAACCACGUGCACAGCAUGCUCAAAUACCUGGAUGACGUGCGGCUCUCCUGCACGCUGGGCUUCCACACGCACGCUGAGGAGCUCUACUACCUGAACAAGUCUGUCUCUCUCAUGCUGGGCACCACAGACCUGCUCCGGGAGCGUUUCAGCCUGCUCAGUGCGCGGCUGGACUUCAACGUCCGCAACCUCUCCAUGAUCGUGGAGGAGAUGAAGGCUGUGGACACGCAGCAUGGAGAAAUCCUUCGCAACGUGACCAUCGUAAGAGGUGCCCCUGGCCCUCCAGGACCAAGAGGACUCAAAGGAGACAUGGGCAUGAAAGGACCCAUUGGCAGCAGAGGACCCAAAGGAGACCCUGGCAGCUUGGGCCCACCGGGACCCCAGGGUCCUCAGGGACAGCCUGGAGACACAGGACCUGUGGGAGAAAGGGGUCCGGUUGGCCUUCGAGGUUUCCCAGGCCUCAAAGGCUCAAAGGGAAGCUUUGGAAAUGGAGGCCCAAGAGGACAGCCAGGCCCCAAGGGGGAUGUGGGGCCCGCAGGAUCAGAGGGAUCCCCAGGGUCUCCAGGACCCCCCGGGCCUCAGGGAAAACCAGGAAUUGCUGGGAAGACAGGGUCGCCGGGCCAGCGGGGGCCCAUGGGGCUUAAGGGUGAACCAGGGAUACAGGGGCCCCCAGGACUCCCAGGGCCCCCAGGCCCACCAGGAAGCCAGAGCCUCUACUAAAAGCCCCAGUCCCAGACACGGCUAUGCAGAAUGGCAGGAAGGGUCCCAGGGCAGAGCAAGCCGCCCAGAAAGCCACACCUAUAGAUAGUGGUGGUAAUUUGAUCCCAAAGGGGCUUCCCCCCACCGGCCUGCCCCUGCACCUAUGGGCUCCCCAGUACUGACUGUACCAUAGAAAGCAGCCCCUCAUGCACACACGCACACACACACGUACACACACACACCUUUCUCUGCUGGCCAGGGGAGCCAACCAGGUUUCCCAGGCUGGGCAGGAGGAGAGGGCGGGAGGACACAUCCCCUGUCCUGUGACUGAGCCUGCCAGGGAGGUGACUACCUUGGGAAGAAGGUCUUGAACCUAUUUCUGAAUUGCUGACCCACUCAGUUUUCCAGCAUCUUCAGAACCAACCUAGCUAGCAGUUCCCUGUGGCUCCCAGCGGUUGGGAAGACUCAGGAAAACCUUUGCAGAAGAUGUAGUACAAACUCUAGGGACAAGAGGGAUUUGGCCACCCAAACACUCUCCUCCUAAGCAUGGGAACAGAGUCCCAGGAGCUGCCCCUGCCUUACACAGAUCAGAGGGUCCCCACCUGUGCUGCUGUCCUUAGGCUCUGGGCACCAUGGUCCCAGGAGUUGCACAAUUUUUUCAUGUCUCCAGAAAGUUCUUCCACAUCAUCCUUGCCCUCCUUCUCCCAGGAGCAUCCCAGAAGAAUGCAAGCAGGAGUCUCAUCUGCAUGGGAAGACUAUCUAGGCCCUGGAACAUUCUGCCAGAGUGGUGCCCUGCAGCUGGGACCCUGAAGAAAGGUGGGGGUGGGGGGCAGGAUCAAGUGUGAAGAGGCUGGGGUCACCGGGCUGUGUGUGGGGCUGGCUCCCUUGCUCCGAGCCAGGCUGGCCUGCUCCAUUCCCCUCUGUGGGGCUGACGGAGAUGGGCCCCCUCUGUGGUGGCUGAGGGAGAUGGGCCCUCUCUGUGGUGGCUGACGGAGGGUCAACCCCGGCAGCUCUCCCCUCCUGCACCUGGCUCUCCUGCCCACAGCCGCCCUCUGAUCUCCCCCAAACAUGACUCAGAACAGCCGAGGCCUCUCUGCUUGAGCAGCAGGACUGGACUCGAAGACAGAAGGGCCUGAAUGUCCACAGGGGACUCACUUUGACAUCACCCCUCACCCCCUUCCUGUGCACAGGCACAGAAGGGAGCUCUGGGACAUCCCCCCAGCCUGGUCCCGAGGCUAAACUGGUUGUCAAGCUGCCCUCCUUUGGGUUUGACAGAUUCCCGCCACUCCUGGGCUGGGGGCAUGGAGCUGUCUCCUCCCCGGCCCCGACUCAGACUCCAGCUCCUUCCUUCCUUCCAAAAGCCUCACAAUGCCACCUCCCUUCUCGUCAUAGGUGUGCAACUGGCUUGCACUCCCGCCUGCCCCCACUGCCAUGUAAUCCUGUCUACCUAUGAUAUCAUGAGACAUAGUAUUACUGACUCAGUAAAGAUCUCUUUCCAGAAGGGAGGUGUCUUCUGGUCCUUUCUGCCCCCAAAGGGGCAUUAAUGCUUUCAGGAGCUCUGCCUCACCUGUCCUGGAAAGAGAACCAGUGGACGAGGAGGUCCCCCAGAUACUCAGUGUGGAGUUUGGGUCUCCCCCUCUGCCCCUCCAUCUAGAAAUACUGAGUUCUACCAGGAGCUCACAGUUGUCCCGUUGGGGCCAGGGACCAAGAGGAUAUGGGGGAAUUACCCACAAUGAGUAGGAGCCCAGUGGGCUGAAAUGGACCAGGCCAAAAUGGGUCCUGGACAUCUAAGGGAUACCUUCCCGAGGCUUCCCUCUCCUGCCUCUAAGACUGGCAGGUAAAAGAGAAAAGGAGGAAGAGACCAGGCUAGACCCCCAAAGGCCUGGCUUUCCAGGAACCCCAGGAAACAGAAGACAAUGGGGUACCCUGAGAAUCAGCCACGCCUGCCCCAGGAGGCUGGAGUGUGUGAGGGGAGCUCGGCCCUCGGGGGCUGGCUUGGAAAGCACAAGUCUAAGUCCAUCUAGGCUGCUACCAAAAAAAACCACAGACUGCUGACUUACAAACAACAGACAUCUAUUUCUCACAGUUCUGGAGGCUAAAAGUUCAUGAUCAAGGUACUGGCAGGCUUAGAGUCUGGUGAGGCCCUGCUUCCUGGCUCAUAGCUGGUCACAUGCUCACUGAGCCCUCACAGGGAAGGAAGUGGGAGGGAGCUCUCCCGAGUCAUUAAUUCCAUUCAUAAGGGCUCCACCCUCAAGACCCAGACACUUUCUAAAAGCUCCAUCUCCUAAUACCUCCACACUGGAGGUUAGGGUUUCAAUAGAUAAAUUUUGGGGAGGCACAAUUGUCUGUGGUAAGUAACACAAUGUAUUCAUUUGCUAGUGAAACACGGCCUCGUGUAAGUCCUAUGCCCUGUUUUGCUUUUGUAUUUUGCGUUUUUGUAUUUUUGUAUUUUCUCCAGAGAAACAAAACCAAUAGACUAUCCAGUAGUCCCCUGCUAUCUGUGAAGGAUAUGUUCCCAGACCUGCAGUGGGUGCCUAAAACCACAGAUAGUCCUAGACCCUAUAUAUAUUUUGCUUUUUUUCCCCAAAUAUACAUACCUAUGAUAAAGUUUAAUUUAUAAAUUAGGCACAGUUCAGAGGUUCACAACAAUAAUAAAUAGAACAAUUAUAACAAUCUGCUAUAAUAAAAUUCUAAGAUUA